GCCCACUUGGCGAGGCAGGUGUAUAUGCUGCCGUAUCCGAUGGAGGAUCGCAUUCGCAUGGGGCUGAUGGGCCAGAUUCAGUUGGCGGCGGCGGAGGGUCGGCCGGGUUUUCAGGUCGAGGCGGAGGUGGAGCGGUUGAUUCGCGAGGCGGAGGGGUUGGGCGUUGCCGCGCCGGUGGCUGCGGCGCCGGGGCCGGAGGUCGCGGAGCAGGUUAGGCAUGCGGAUGAGGCGGCCAGGGCGGCGGCGUUGGCGGGCUCGUCUGCUGCUUCGGGGUCUGCUGUUGGUGGUGGCGGUGGGAGUGGGAGUGGGGGUGGGAGUGCUAGGCCGGCUGCGGCGCCGCUGCCGGCCAAGCCGAAGGCUACGUUGGAUUUGGAUCUGUAUGAUCCCGAUGAGGAUGAUGAGUGAGGUCUUGUGUACGGUACGGGGGGUUCUUGAUUGAUAGUGGCAGCUGGUCUGUCUUGAUGAUUUACGCGAAAUGUAUCUAAUGUUGGGCGAGGGAUAUUUGGUUUCAUGCAAUUUCUUGUGCGAAGCCUUUCGCCAUUUGCGUCCUGUGUUUUCCCGAGAGUAGACUAUUUGGAAGAGACACUGCCGUGGGUGGUGAUUUCUAGCAUGAAAGGCUGCAUGGGAUCGAUCUUCUUGAUCCAAUGAUAUUGACCAUACUCGUCGGCUGGCGAGCAGCUGCAACUAUUGAUGGCUCCACAGCGUCUGCAGCUUCCUCGUCUUCGAGUCCGUCUCCCACCCCAGAUCCGCCUCGAUCCCGCGCAGCAGGUUCACCAGUAUUUGGCGUUCCUCCGGCGCUUCGAGGAACUGGCCCACUGCAAACAGCAGGGGUGUCAUGUACACACGCGCACAAC